CUUACCUUUAUCGACGGUUUCGGCUUGUAUCGCAAUGCAUACCGCACACUAAUAGGCUUUUACUUUAUCUUCGCGGGCCUGCCUUUCCACGAACGCGCACGCCGCGCUAACGUCCUGCUGUUCAUAAUCGGUCCACAUAGCAGCAACUUCUCCGAUGUCCUUAUAGCAAUUAAAUGCCUCGCAGCUCUCGAGCGUAGUAUUAAAGUCUAG